GGCUGGCAGGCGCGCUGGAGUGGCCGACACAGGGAUUAUCUGGAGCGAGGAAUAUAAAGGAAGCGGUACAAGGACUAUGAUACCUGUAGAGCACUUAUGAACAGAGCCUGGCUUGCAAAUGACCGCUGCACAGUUUUGUCUCUGUUCCCGCUCCCACCAGGCUGUCUCCAAGAAUAAAAGGACUUGUGGAAGGCAGCAGAGCUCCGGCUUAGCGAAGGUCUUGCGGAAGCUUUACAAUCCCUCUUCUAUAGGCAAGAAUGUAAUUCUGAGAAUUGGUCCUUGCUCUUUUCAUCUUCAAUAGUUCCUCUCACCGGCACAGCUCUCUUAUGCCUUAUCUCUCUGUGUGCCCUCCUCCAAUGCCUGUCAUCAGUGUGACAUGCUGCUUCGAAACCCUCUGUAAGCCAUCGAAUGGCUCAUUCUGCCUCUUAGCUGUGGAUGAGGCAGGGACAUGCUGGCCAGGAUGGAGAGAUAAGUGAAACUGUGAUACUAGUGGCAGUGGAAGUAAGCCCACGGCCCCUGGAUGUAUUCCUGGCAAACAGAGAUGGAGAUAUUUACCAAUGGACAAGGAAAUGGUUUGAAGGCAUCUCAACACAAGACCUCAAUGGCUUCUGUUUCUUCAAGAAUGAACCUUUUGACGCAAAGGAGAACUGGUUAAGGUUCGUGGCAUAUAGUGGCGCUUGAAAGGGAACUUCCAGGAGUUAGUUCAUUGCCAACCCUUACCAUGGCUGACUCUCACUACAACAGCAGCGUUACCACCACCAGUGCUUGGAACAUCACCGGCAGCGGCCCCUGGUUGUUGGCCUUCAUGCUGACCGUCAUCAUCCUCAUGACCAUCUGCGGUAACAUUUUGCUGAUCGCAGUGGUGUUCGCCCAUCGCUCUUUGCGUUGCACCUCGAACUGCUUCCUUGUUUCUCUGUUCCUGUCCGACCUCAUGGUGGCACUGGUGGUCAUGCCCCCCGCCAUGCUGAACGUCCUGUGCGGUUCCUGGGUGCUCUGGCCUGCCUUUUGCCCGAUUUGGCUCUGCUUUGACGUCAUGUGCUGCAGCGCAUCCAUCCUCAACCUUUGCGUGAUCAGCCUGGAUCGCUACAUCUUUAUCAUCUCGCCACUGCGCUACAAGCAGAGGAUGACCCCACCUCGGGCCUUGCUCUUGGUAGGAGCUGCAUGGGGGUUGGCGGCGUUGGCCUCCUUCCUGCCCAUUGAGAUGAAAUGGCACAGCUUGGGCCAUGGGAGCGGACACUUGCCAGCUCCUGGGGUCAGCAGUAGCAACAUGAGUUCUUACUCUGACACCUUGUACCCUUCAUCCUACUUUCAACUGUCACCGUCUGGAGGCCUUUCCUUCCAGUGCCGCCUGCAGGUCACCCUGCCCUUUGCCUUUGUGGGGUCUGUACUCACCUUCUUUUUGCCCUCCAGUGCCAUUUGCUUCACUUACUGUCAGAUCCUUCUAGUAGCGCGGAGGCAGGCAAAGAGGGUUGCCGCAUUGAGCCACCCGCCGCAUCCGCAUCCCUCUCUAGGGGAACCUUUCAGGUCUCCUUCACCUGGGGUUGAUGGAGGGAACGCUCAGCACGACGGGGAUGACUGCAGUCACCAGGAACCUCCAGUGUCACAAAAUGUACCGCCGUCAGUGAACAGUGAGCGGCGUCUGGCCCACAGGCAGGGUCGGAGGGCACUGAAGGCGAGUCUGACACUGGGAGUUCUUCUUGGACUCUUCUUCAGCGCUUGGCUUCCAUUUUUCAUCACCAACAUGGCACAGGCAGUGUGUGAGUGUGUCCCCCUGGCGCUUUUCGACGCCAUCACCUGGCUGGGUUACUGCAACAGCACGAUGAACCCCAUCAUCUACCCGCUCUUCAUGAGAGACUUCAAGCGGGCUCUGGGGAGGCUGCUGCCCUGCUGUUCCUCUCAGUCGCCCCGAAGACCCUCGCCAGCGCUCUCCCUGUCUCUCCGCAACUCAGGAGAGCCCAUGAUCGCCAGCGACCCGCCCUCCCCUCUGCCCUCUGACCCCAUGAUCCCCCCCGCCACCGCCACUGAUGCCGUCAACCUGCUGGAUGCUGAGCACGCUGGCAUCGAGCAGCCUCUGCUUCUGCCCAAUCAGGUGGACACCCUGGACUGAAUAUGUGAAUGCUAAUAUUUUGUGGCAGGAGAGACUCAAAGUGUGAGUUAAAAGACUUAGGAAGAAAUAAGAUCACUUUUUUAUUUUCACAGAAAAUGUCUAGACAAAUUCACUAGUUCAAUUAAAUAUGGUUGAAGAACUUGAUGUAGGUGCAUUUUGUAAAAUAAAAUAAAAAUUCAGGGAAUAUUUUCCAGUCAGAUCAGUGCCAAGUAUAUACACAAUACAAUCCUGAGGCUCUAUGGAAAGGAGCACUUGCUUCAAGGGCAAGGGUAGAACAGAGAGAAAAAAAAGGCUUGAAGAAUACACAUUCACUGAAUUACUCACCGCCUUAUGGAAAUUAAAUUACUGUGAUAAUAUCCAUAGCAACCGGGCCACAGAUGAUAAUUAGAUAGACGAGAGGAAUAGAGGUAUCACCUAUUUUGUAGCAUUCUCUUAAAAAAACCCUGUGAAAACACAGAACAAGUAUUUGAUCUCACAGUUAGAUAGAAAUAAAUUAUGUCACUAUUAACAGCUUGUAUAAAAUGUACUUCAUAAAACAUUUUUUUUAAUUAAACUAAUAGUAAGUCCAACAUUUUGUACUUAAAGUUUAACAAAGGGGGUUUUCACUCAAGCCUUCCAUAUGCGUGCAUUGACUCUCUAGCUAUUCUUGGCAUGUCAGUGUGUUGAGAAUGGGAUGAAUAUUUUCUCCAAUAAAGCUUUGAUGCUAAAAAAAACAACUUGAGAAGAUGAGAUUUUUACAAGGAAGCAGCCGAUCCACAAACAUGCUCUUUACAAGUCUGGCUGCCUUUGUUUAUGUGUGUGCUCUGUAGUCCAGUGUGUAUCAUCCCAGCUCCAUGACACAUGUUCAUUAUCCUCCGCGGCGUCCAAAGGGGCAUUGAGAGCAGACCCUUUGUCGCCCUCAGUUGCAUUUUCCUCUGAGGUAAGCGGUAAAUUGUUCCUGUCUGAUUCCGUUUCAUUUAAUGAGUCCAGCAGGUCUGAAAUAUCAGGGAUAUCCCACCCGUCACCCAGUUCCUCUGUCACGUCUCCACUUUUUUCUGCACAGGUCUCCUCAGCUUGUUUUUGUGUGUCUUUUGUCUUUGUGUCAAGGGUUUGGUCAGGGAUUACCACUGUCCCGUUUGUAAUUAUUACAGACUGAGGAAGAGCAAAGGAGGCUCCAGGCACUUCUUUGGUGGGAACUCCUACCGCCACUAAGAUGGUGUCCAUAUGACGCAUGUAGUCCAAGUGGCCUUUCACCUGGGAAGAAGGAACAUGGUGUUACUGUCUCUGACUAAAAGGAGGACAAUAUAGAGUGGUGCAGUGAUGACGUAUUUUUGGAAGUUAACUCUGAAAUAAGCAUCGCAAGGGCUCCCUAAACAAAAACCGCUGGAAUUAUUUUGAGGUAUUGCGGAAAAAAAGUUCUUACAUGUUUGUUACAGCAGAAUAAUCUUCUCAUAUUAACACCACUUUAUGAUGAAAUGUAAAUGUGGGUUACUUCAAACAGUAGAUUAA